AUGAAUCUUCCCUGGUUAUUUGUUCCAAUUGCUUACCCGGGUGUCGUGAAACCCAGCGGAACCGGUUACAUAGGCUCCUUUACUGCCCUGGCCCUACUCGAAGCCGGAUACAAAGUCGUCAUCGCAGAUAACUUGUACAAUUCCUCCGACGAAGCCAUCAAUCGUAUCGGGUUGAUCUGCGGCAGACGCCCAGGCUUUGUCAAGAUCGAUAUCACGAAUGAGGCGGAUCUAGACCGCGCCUUUGAGCAAUACCCAGAUAUCGACAGCGUCAUCCACUUUGCGGCACUUAAAGCUGUUGGCGAAUCUGGCGAAAAGCCACUUGACUACUACUACGUCAACGUUUACGGAUCGAUAUGCCUCCUGCGCGCUAUGAAACGACACAAUGUUACUAACAUUGUCUUCUCUAGCUCCGCCACCGUAGCCACAGGAAAGAGAGAGAAGCUCCUUGUAUAUGGGGAUGACUACGCCUCCCAUGACGGCACAGCAAUCCGCGAUUACAUCCACAUCCUCGACUUGGCCGCUGGUCAUCUCCAAGCCCUCAAUUACCUGCGCGAAAACCAUCCUGGUGUGCGCGCCUGGAACCUUGGCACUGGCAAGGGAAGUACCGUUUUCCACAUGAUCAAAGCUUUCAGUGCCGCGGUGGGCCGCGAUCUCCCUUACGAAGUUGUUGGCCGUCGCGCUGGUGAUGUGCUGGACCUCACCGGUAAUCCAAGCCGCGCGAACCGCGAGCUUGGUUGGAAAGCGACUAGAACGCUAGAGGAGGCAUGUGAAGAUUUGUGGCGAUGGACGAAGAAUAAUCCGGCAGGUUAUAGGCAGCAGCCGCCGCAGGAUUUGCUGGAUAAGUUGAAGGAGGGAAAAUAA